AUGGAGGUUUAUCCUGUAUACCUUCUUCAUAGUGGUCAAUGGACUAAUGACAAUAAAUUUGUCAAUUUUGUUGCUGAUUGUAUUGCUAUUGGGUCUACCUUCAACUUUGAAAAUUUAGUUGAAGCAAUUUCAAAGCAGAGCAGACUAGAUACUCAGUUGAAUGCAUUAGAAAUUAAGUUUGUUCCAAGGGAUAGUUUGAUGCCUAUCCUAAUCUACAAUGAUACUGGAGUUCAGGUCUAUAUCGAAUUGAAAAAGAAAAAUCCAGAGUUUACUGACUUUGCGCUCUAUGUCAUGGUGAAGGAGGUUGAGUAUGAUUCAGUUGCUAUAAGCUCGAGUGGUAUAAAUAGAGGCAAUUUUGUACAAGAGGUUGAUACAAUAGAUAUGAUUGAGAAUGAAAGUGAUAAUGAAUAUAUUGAAAACAAGUAUUUUGGUAUAAUAGAUGAUAUGUUACACAAAGAGGUUGAGGAGGAUCAGGUUUAUAAGAACAAGGAAACUGUUGUUAGUGUGAUGCAUAACUAUGCUAUUCGGAAUAAUUUCCAGUUUAAGGUGAAGAGAUCAAGUAAAUCAAGGUAUCACUUUUCAUGUGUGGAUGAAGACCGUGUUUGGUUUUUCAAAUCUUCUGCCAUAUACAAGGCAGAAAUAUUCAAGGUGAGAAGUUUCAAUAAUGUUCAUACAUGCUUGUUUAGUGAAAGAUUCUUGACACAACAUCAUGAUACUUCUAAAGUAGUUGCAAGUAUAAUCAAGGACAAAUGUGUUGAUCCAAAAACAAUUUACACUGCAAAUGAUAUUAUAAGCGACAUACAAAAGCAACACGGAGUUGAAUUGAGCUAUAUGAAAGCUUGGAGGGCUAAAGAAAUAGCAAUGGAAAUGGUAAGAGGAAACCCAUGUGAUUCUUAUAGGGAGGUGCCAAAGUACUUGUAUAUUUUGGAGCAGUCAAAUCCAGGAACGGUUACAAAAUUGCACAAAUCAGAAGAUGGGCGCUUUCUCUAUGUAUUUGUUUCGCUGUUCGCAUGCAUCAAGGGGUGGGAAUAUUGCAGGCCAAUAAUGGUAGUUGAUGGAAGCUUUCUUAAAGCAGCAUACAAGGGUACCAUAUUGACUGCUUGCACACAAGAUGGAGCUGGUGAGUUGACUGUAUCUAUUUUCUGA